GGGCGAAGGAGCCACUGCAACUUCCUCUGCAAUUCCUCUUCUGGGUUUUCUUCUUUGUAUUCUUCUUGUCCGGAAACGGUGUCGUUUAUAGCUGCUGCUGUUACUGCUAAUGUGUCCUUUCCCACCUGCAUUGUGAUCUCUCUGGAUCCAACUCACUUGCCUAUACACUCAGAAAAGAUAAAUUUAGAACCAACAUUAUGGAGCAAUACGAAGUUCUGGAGCAAAUUGGGAAAGGAGCGUUCGGUUCUGCUCUUCUUGUCAGGCAUAAGCACGAAAAGAAGAAGUAUGUGCUGAAAAAAAUACGUCUUGCUCGCCAGACUGAUAGAUCACGGAGAUCUGCACAUCAGGAGAUGGAGCUCAUUUCUAAAUUCAAAAAUCCAUUUAUUGUGGAGUAUAAAGAUUCUUGGGUCGAAAAGGGUUGCUAUGUAUGCAUAAUAAUAGGUUACUGUGCUGGAGGAGACAUGGCAGAAGCUAUUAAAAAGGCCAAUGGUAUUCUUUUUCCUGAAGAGAAAAUCUGUAAGUGGCUUGUCCAACUUCUGAUGGCACUCGACUAUUUGCACAAGAAUCAUAUUCUUCAUCGUGAUGUCAAGUGUUCUAAUAUAUUCUUAACAAAAGAUCAAGACAUACGCCUGGGUGACUUUGGCCUUGCAAAAAUGUUGACUUCAGAUGAUCUUGCCUCUUCUGUUGUCGGAACUCCUAGCUAUAUGUGUCCCGAACUACUUGCUGAUAUACCUUAUGGUUCCAAAUCAGAUAUUUGGUCUUUGGGAUGCUGCAUAUAUGAAAUGACAUCUCAUAGGCCUGCAUUUAAAGCAUUCGAUAUACAAGCACUUAUUACCAAAAUUAAUAAGUCUAUAGUGGCUCCCCUUCCCACAAAGUACACCAGUGCAUUUCGAGGCCUUGUUAAAACCAUGCUUCGAAAAAACCCAGAACUCAGGCCAAGUGCUGCGGAGCUGCUCCGUCACCCACACCUUCAGCCUUAUGUUCAAAAGGUUCAUCUCAAAAUCAAUAGCCCCAAUUACUUGAAGAAAACUAGAUUUUCUGAGACAGAAGAUGUUCGAUACUCAACAUACCAGGAGAAGCGGCGUACAUUAAGCAAUGAUAGGACUUUAAAUCCUAGUAUUUCUGGAGGAACGUCUGUUGGUGCCACCCAAAAAAAGUCAAUUCGCAAGCAGCCAAUUGCUUCUAAAACUUCAAGUAAUGUCCAGACUCAGCGAAUUACUCCAGCAAAAGCUUCUGCCACAUCCAAGAGAUGGAUGGAGCCAAAGAAUCACUCAUCAAUUCCCGUUUUACGCACUCAGGACAAAGCAGUAACUACAACUCGCAGAGCAUCACUGCCAUUUUCAACAAGACCUGCAAUUCAAAAACAAUCCCCUUUCCGGCCUAGUGUUGGUGUCCUACACUGUAUUAAAUCGCCUGAUGUCUCUGUCAAUUCCCCUCGAAUUGACCGGAUAGCUGAAUUCCCAUUAGCAUCUUAUGAGGAAGAAUUGUAUGAAGAACAAUUUCUGCCUACCCGUAGAGGGUCACCAACCUCUGUGCAGGGCUCAUCUGGUUCUCCACAAUCUGGUGACCGUUCAAUCAUGAAAGACAAGUGCACAGUUCAGAUAUUUGAUAAAGCCUCUCGCAGGCUUAGUUUCACGGGUGCAUGGCAGGGAAUUGACCGCAGCAUGUUUCAAGUUGACAGAGAAAACCAAAGUGAUGCAUGUUCUGAUCAGAAUGCAACUGCUGGCGGAGCAUCAAGCCGGACCUCAUCAGACACACGCCGCCGAUUUGACACCUCAUCAUACCAGCAAAGGGCUGAAGCUUUGGAAGGGUUGCUCGAGUUUAGUGCAAGGUUGCUCCAAUACGAAAGGUAUGAAGAGCUUGGGGUGUUGCUGAAACCUUUUGGUCCUGGGAAGGUGGAUCCUAGAGAAACUGCUAUUUGGUUAACUAAGAGCAUCAAGGAAAAUACUGUCAAACAGGAUGAUGAGACUAAUUAG